AUGGAGGACAGCCACACCCUGGAAACCCAGGAGAAGUUGGAAGCCGACUCGGACCUCUCUCCGCCUGGAAGCGGCCGUGCUGGCCGGCCCAUGUGCGCGGGCUGUGGGCGGCCUGUGCGCGCCUGCAUCUGUGCGAGUCUUCCAUCCGAGCCACUGGCUCUACCUUCUGGUCUGGAGAGCGUGCUGCUUCUCCGGCAUCCCAAAGAGCGACGCCAGAAGCACCAGAGUGCCUGGAUACUGGAACGCUGUGUCCGCGGCGUGAGGCAGCAUGUUACGCGGAGGCUGCCGUCGGAGGUGCCCAUCGGGCUCGAGCAUUUGUACAGGGAGCCCGAAAGCUGUCUGCUCGUUUUCCCUGGACCCGGCGCGCGCCCGCUGAAGGAAGUUCUGGAUGCGAAGGUGCGACACCUAAUCCUGGUGGAUGCCACCUGGCGCUUUGCCCGCGAAAUGGCCGCCGUGUCGGAGUCGGGCGAUCCGCUGUCGAGGAUACAGCGCGUGGAGUUGACGCCACCAUCCGGCACCCGCCCGGUAUUUGUAGUUCGCAAGCCGUUGCUACUCGGGAACACGCGCGAGCUGGAAGCGACUGAUGGUCAUGAUUUUGUGGCAAGCGAGGACGAGCGCUGGGGCUUCAGCACGGCAGAGGCUGCAGCCUUGGCCCUCGACGAAAUCUCGGAGCGUCGGGGAGCUACGCACGCCGGAUGCCACCUCCAAGGAAUGCUCCCGGCUGGCAUGGCGGACCCUGCCAAGACGGUGGCAGCGGCGCUCGGAGCCUAUGCGCAGAUCCAGUUGGACCACACGGCCAAACCCCGCAUGCGGACCGACAGGCCUGGCUUCAUUCCAAAGCUCUACGAGGCCGCGCAGGAAGCUGCAGCGGCCGACGGUGAUGAGUGA